GAUCAUGGAUACGGUGUAAACUUCGUUGCUGCGCCCCAGGACUGGAGCUGAAAGAUAAAAAUCUUGAUAAAAAGGUGAUACAAGGCAGCAUAGAAAGCCUGAUGGAUUGGCCAGAGGAAGUUUUCAUAUAAACAGACAUGGCCAAGGGAUUUUGCCAGCUGUCACAACUUAACAUAGCUUGUGAUGCAUUGAUUUGAUGGAGCCCUACUGCAAUAGUAUUGGACUUAAGAAAAGUUGCGAAAGUUACAGCCAAUAUUUCGUGUGUAUGAAAGAAAUUUGAAAGUUUGAAUAAGUCUAAAUAAGAAUGGCAUCCAAAGCUGCUGCUGAUGUGGACACAGAUGAUGGAUCGCUGACACCUUCAGAGCCCAGUGACGGAGAGAGGAGCGAACAUGACUCAGAUUACGAGACAGAACAUGAAGAGGAGACGGAAGGAGAACAAGCUCCUAAUGUGGUGUGGACUGGCUAUGGAAAGAAAACCCCUGUGAUUCUUUUCAAAGGAGAGGCCGUCAUUAAGAAGAAAAAUGAUUACAAAGCUGUGGGAGAGAGAUACCACAUGGCCUUCAAAAUGGGUUCUUCUGACUGCCGGAUAGUUCGCACAAUCCUCAACACGCAUGGCCUCAGGGAGGUGCACCCUAACAGCUCUGAUUAUAACAUCAUGUGGACUGGUUCCCACCUGAAACCCUUCACCCUACGGAGCCUCACUGAGUUCCAAAAAGUUAACCAUUUUCCAAGGUCUUAUGAAAUCACAAGAAAAGACAGACUUUUUAAGAAUGUUCAGAGGAUGCAACAGAUUAAGGGGACAAAACAUUUUGAUUUUGUUGCCCAAAGUUUUAUCAUGCCAACAGAAUACCAGGAAUUCUGCUCCUGUUUCAUAAAGGAGAAGGGUACAUGGAUAGUGAAGCCUGUAGCGUCAUCUCGGGGUAGGGGUGUGUUUCUGGUCAACCAUCCAGACCAGGUGCCAUUGGAUGAGAAUGUGAUUGUAUCCAAAUACAUUGCCAAUCCAAUUCUGAUUGACGGUUUCAAGUUUGAUGUGCGGUUAUAUGUGGCUGUCACCAGCUAUGACCCGAUUGUCAUUUACCUGUAUGAAGAGGGGCUGACCAGAUUUGCCACAGUGAAGUAUGAGAAGGCUAACAAGCACCUGAGGAAUCAGUGUAUGCACCUGACCAAUUACAGCGUGAAUAAGAAAAACAAGGACUAUGUGCAGAAUGAUGACCCAGACAUAGAGGAUUAUGGUAACAAGUGGUCUAUGGGUGCUCUACUCCGGUAUCUGAAAUCACAGAAGAAAGAUGUCACAGCUCUAAUGAUGAGGAUAGAAGAUGUGAUCAUCAAAACAAUCAUGUCUGCAGAGAUGCCGAUUGCAACAGCUUGUAAGAUGUUCAUGCCGUUCCGGGGAAACUGCUUUGAGCUGUAUGGUUUUGACAUCUUGAUUGACGACCAUUUGAAGCCCUGGGUUCUGGAGGUGAACCUCUCCCCCUCCCUAGCCUGUGAUGCACCGUUAGAUCUGAAAAUUAAGGCAAACAUGAUCUCAGAUCUUCUCAGUUUGUCAGGGUUGAUGUGUCAGGAUCCUGUGCUGAGGUCCUUACAGCAGAGUAGACGAAACCAUGAACUUUCCGGGAGAAUUGGAGGCCGAAUUAAGUCUGCACACAUAAGAGCUCUGUCUUCCAUCAAGGUGAAACCACGACCACAGUCGGCUGGGGGAAAAUUGGCAUCAGAGAAGCAGCAGUCAGGGUCAAUGGCAGGACUGACCGGGGAGGAGAUAAAAAUUGUACGGCGUGUGAAAGAGGAAGAGGAGAGGAAGGGAGGCUGGGUCAGGAUCUUUCCCUCCCCUGAUUCAUGGGAUCUCUAUGGGCCUCUGCUUCAGUUCAGCACUACCCACAAUGCCAUGCUGCAUCAGAGACUCUAUCCAGAGAGACAUAAAGGAUUUGUUAGUCCUCUAAAUCACAAAUCCUCUGCUACAUCCAUUGGCCACAGAAACAAGUUAUUAUACUCUCAACUGUCAACCAGCCCUCUUUGCAAACUGGACUUUACGCUUAUCAGUUUGUCAAGUCCUGCCAUGUGUAGAUCAGUGGGAGAUGCUUAUGGUCACGCACUUUUAAGGACUCGUCAGUAUCUCCGAAAACUGAAUGGUGGAAGUGAUGGAAGGAAAAAACAGCGACGACGUAGAGCAAAGUCUGCCAUGGAAAGAAGAACAUCAAGGAGACCAUUAGCUCAGGGAUUGCCUGAAGAAGAUGGUGAAGGAGAGGGGGAGGAGACAGAUGGGGCAGAGUUAGAGCCUCCUGUGACGUCUGAAACCAGCACUCAGAAACAGACACAGGCUAUCACCUGUGCCAAAGAGGACAAGGGUCCCACAAAACAACAGAAGAUCACAGCCAAACUGGACGUGGUGGACCAGACAGCAAAGCCACAGCCACAGGUACAGGUACAGGAGCAAGCUGUCUCUACACCCAAGCUGAAUGUGAUGGAGAUGCUGGUACAAGGAGAAGGGGCACUCAAUAAAGUACAAGCGAGGACAGCGUUUGCUAUGUACCUGAUACGUGUACAUCAGCGACUUUUGUCUGAGUGUAAUUCUCACAGUGUGGAGGAUGUGGAAGCCAUGAAUGAGCAGAUGGAUUUGGUUUUGCGAUUCUUGAAGCGAGCUGCAGUAAAUUUGCACCAGACCUUCAAAGUGAUUGUUCCCAGUAGGAAACUGCCUCUGAAUGAGAGACGACGCAUCCUGGCCAAGCAGCUUAGUGACUUUGUACAUGUGUACACAAAAGAAACAGAGCAGUUAAGAAACAAAGCACAGGGCGACAAAAAAUCCCAGAGAAAUUCAACAAGCAAAGAAGGGAUAAAUGAGGAAAAAUUUGAAAGGUUCAUCAAUAUAGCAAGUGAAACAGAGUUAGAAGAAGUUUUAACAACCUACACAAAGCUGAACAAGUCUGCCAGUAUCUUCCUGGGCACCAAGUCACCAAGGGUGGAGCUGCUGGGGAAACUUCUAAACCUGAAUCAGGACACGGACUGGCAAAGAGGAAGGACAUCUCCACAGAGAGCAAUCAGAUUGUAUCUCUCGAAGCUCCUCCUUCACGGGCUACACCUCCACAGGCAUUGGCCCCUCCCACUUCUCCAGCUCCCGCCUUUAUAGGAUGGGAGGAAACUCCUGAUGUGAAAGCUGUGUUAGACAGCCUGGCCCCAAAAUGAGCAGCAAUCUCUCAGGUCUAGAGAAACGGGCAAUAUGCUUUUGUCUGGUAAACCGUAUUCUGCCGCGGCAGCAUGCAACUCCCCUGCAGCAAGCUGCAUUUG